AUGGCUGACCCCUCUCCGCACAGGCAGGGACUCGCCGCCGCCGCCAACACUGCGAGCCCGAACACGGCCGCGUCCCCUGCGUCCACUGUUCGCCCCGUCAGGCCACCCGUGUCGCCGCUCGGAAUCGGGCCCAUUUCACCGGCCCGGGUUGGCCUGGGACGACCCUCGGCGACAAACACCGACUUUAGGCUAGGUGGUACAAGCCCCACCACGCCGCUGUCACCGCCAGUAGGAACACCCACCGGCAUCUUCGUGCCGGGGCACGGUCGCGCUGGGUCGAUCUCGAGCAUCGACGACUCGGAAUACGACUAUGAGUCACACGCCACUCCUCGCACCACCAGCUAUUUCCCCCCUCAGCAUGAACCGUCGCGUCGUGUCAGUGAGAUGCGCGGGACCGGCACUCCACAGGGACCAAUGUCCCCUCCGUCUCUGAACCCGGCCACCGCUGGGUCCGGCGGGCUUGGUCGCUCGGCGCGCCCACGGAUGCAGCAUCUCAAGGACGGUGAGCGCACGGCUCCCGUGUCCCGCUCGGCGUCGCGUGUGCGUCUCCCUGGGCCACACCAGCCUCAGCCAACAAUCAAAGACAAGGACCUCGAGGACGAUGAAGUCCAGGUCAUCGACCGUGGAGAGGACCUCAUCCGCCGUCGUAUCAAGGAGCGCAAGCGAGCCAAGCGUGAGCGUGAGCGUCGGCUUGCUGCUGCCGAGUUUGCCGAGUCGGAGAUGGAUGAGCCCGGGGCUGUCACUACGGUGACGGCGGCCAACACCAGCGCACCCUCGUCUGCUGGCGCCGAUGCGUUCACCAUCCCGUUCCGUGCAGCAGCCUUGAGCCCCGUGCGGGCGCCACACGGACAACGUGCUGCGUCUCGCCAGAGGGCCGCAAGCUCGUCCCGCCGCUCGUCCAGCGGCUACACGCGGUCGGGCAGUGUCAGCGACAUUGACCGUGCCGAGUCUUUCCUGUCUGUGCCGACCGAAGAGAACACGGACGACUUGGGUGACGAGGAGGUUCCCGAGGAGGAGGAAGACGCGGACAUGUUGGUGCAUUCGGACGACACCGAUGAACAGCACGACGACGAUGAGGAUGAGGAUGGCAGCAACGAAGACGACGAGGGUGUGACCGUCAAGGAUCGCCAGGACGCCAUCAACCUCGAGCACCCCUUCGGUCUGCCCAUCUGGAAGCCUGCCCUGUACCGCAAGUCGCGUUCCGUUACGCGCAAUGCCGAGUCUGCCCUCCACUCGAUGCCCUCUGCCAGCGCCGAGCGUCACCUCCUUCCCGGCAACCUCCUCUGGACGCUGCUUUUCGGCUGGUGGCUCGCUCUGUCAUGCUUCUUUGUCGCGUUGAUCGUCAGCACUGCUGAGCUUGUGGCUGGUGGCCGUGGCGGCUAUGGCAAGACCCUCCGUGGCCUGGCUUGGUACCUCGGAUGGCCAUUCGGCAAGUAUGUGGAAGGUGAAGGUGCCCCCGACGAGCCCGAGAACGAUUUGGUCACCGACGAGGAGAACGCCAACACCAACGGCGGGGCCAACUAUGGUAGCAUCCCGACCAUUCCUCGUACGCUCACCGCUUCUACCUCGUCGUCCGGUACGGUCCGUGCCGUCGGUGUCCAGGGCCUCGUCGACCUGCCCGAUGAGCCCACGACUCCCCACGGUCCUUCUGGGCUCCGUCGCCCUGUCGGUGUGUCGUUUGCCGAGGGCGUCAAGCCCGCGUCCCCGUCCCCGACCCCUUCACCGACGGGCGAGACCGCUCCGCUUCUCAAGAGCAGCAGCGCGCCGCCCAUCGGUUUCCGCAAGCCCGUGAACAGCAGGGCCAAGUUUGUCGGUUCGCUCUUCUACUGGCCCGGCUUCCUCCUGAUUGUUGCCCCGGUCAUGAGCCUGGUCUGCAUCGUCUGCUGGUUCCUCGUCAUCACCAUCCCCAUGGCCAAGCUCACGUGGGAGCUCCUUGUGCUCCUGUACACCCGCCCUCUCGAGAUCAACUUCCGUUCCGCGCCCGAAAUCUCCAUCGCGACCUCGCCCGAGUCGUCGCCCGAGCUCAGCAACGGCGGCAGUAGCGAUGGUCUCAACACGUCUCCCAACGUCACCCUCAAGCGCCAGCGUCUCAAGGCCGGACAGGUGGCGCCGACCGCUGGCCCGACCUCGACGGUUUUGCUGUGCACAUACCGCGCCAUUGGCUGGCAGUACUACAAGUACACUGUCGGCGGUGUCAACAUCAUGUUCAUCAACCUCCUCCCGUUGGUCUUCUUUACGAUUCUCGACGGCAUGCUCCUCCUGCCUGCUGUGGAGAGGGCGCACCACGAGGGACGCCGUGUGGCUCCGAUUCUCGACGUGCUUGCGUCGCAGGCACUCAUCUUUGUGCUGGGCCUGGCGUCCGUCAUCCCCCUGUCGUACUUUAUCGGCAUGGCUGUCGCCUCGAUCUCGGCCCAGUCGUCCAUCGGCAUGGGUGCCGUCAUCAACGCGACCUUUGGUUCGAUCAUUGAAAUUGUGCUUUACAGCAUUGCGCUAACGCAGGGCAAGGGCCGUCUUGUUGAGGGUUCCAUUGUCGGCUCGAUUCUUGCCGGUGUGCUCCUCAUGCCUGGCAUGUCCAUGUGCUCGGGCGCGCUCAAGCGCAAGGAGCAAAAGUUCAACGCUAAGAGUGCCGGUGUCACCUCGACCAUGCUCAUCAUGGCCAUCAUUGGUACCCUGACUCCGACCAUGUUCUACCAGACGUACGGCACAUUCCAGAUCCACUGCGACGGCUGCCCCGAGCCCGGCGAGGUGAUCCACGACCCGAGCCAAUCGUGGAAGUGCAACUCGUGCUACUACGAGUACCCAGACCCGAUCACCGAUCCGUUCUACCAGAACCAGGUCAAGACGCUCAUGUACGCGUGUGCCGCCAUUCUCCUGCUGUCGUACCUCAUCGGUCUCUGGUUCUCGCUCCGCACCCACGCGUCGCAGAUCUGGCAGAACCCGCAGCAGGUCAUGGUCAAGGAGGAGCUCCCGGCUAUCCCACGCACCCUUGCGCGCAUCACCCCAGCCAACAUUAUGAACCCUAUCCUCCCCGUCCACAACAACCGCCCGGCCUCGGUCCGCGCUCAGUCACCCCACCCUGGUGCGCGUACGCCUACCCACUCGCGUCCGACCUCGCCGUACACCCAGCGCAAGGCUCUGCCCCUGGAGAGCGACAACUCGCCGCAUGCGUCGAUCCACGCAUCGCAGCAGCAGCAGCCCUACCCCUCCACGGGUUACACGCCGCUCCUUGAUUCGUACAACCCCAAGCCUGGCAACUCGCUCGAGCCCCUGCCCCUGCCCGCGCCGCUCACGCACGAAGAGUUCCGCCGUGCCGUGCACACGCUCACGGCCGUCGGUGCUCUCCAGGCGCAGCCCCAAAAGGUUAUCAAGCACGUCGAGGAGGAGGCCGAUGGCCACGGCGGGCACGAGGCGCCGAGCUGGACGCGUGGCAUGUCUGCUGCAGUCCUUCUGGGCUGCACGGUCCUGUACGCUGCCAUUGCGGAGAUUCUCGUGGACGUGGUCGACGUCGUCCUGAACGGCAGCGGCGUGGACGAAAAGUUCCUCGGUCUGACGCUGUUCGCGCUCGUCCCCAACACGACCGAGUUUAUGAACGCCAUGUCGUUUGCCAUGAACGGUAACAUUGCCCUGAGUAUGGAGAUUGGUUCCGCCUACGCGCUCCAGGUGUGCCUGCUGCAGAUCCCGGCCAUGGUCGCGUUCAGCGCGUUCUACGACCCCAGCCGCCUCGGCGACGCCGUGGACACGUUCACGCUCAUCUUCCCGCGCUGGGACGUCAUCGCCAUCAUCCUGUCCAUCUUCCUCCUCACAUACACGUACAUUGAGGCGCGCAGCAACUACCACCGCGGCUCCAUCCUUGUGCUUGCCUACUGCGUCCUUGUCAUGGGCUUCUACUACGCCCCGCCCAGGCAGGCGGACACGGAGUCGGGCGGCGUCGUCGUCGACGUCAAGAUGGCCGCACAGGUCGCGUCGGACAUGUCGUCCAGCAUGUACCUCCAGCUCACCAAGAUGUGGGCCGCGCCGUCCCAAGCGUAG